CACUUGAAUGUGAAAAGUUUUUUUGUCUCACCAUCAGCAAUCACCUCGUGCCGUUAGAGCUACGCGUAGAUGAACAGGAAUGUUCCUGCUUUUGAGCAAACCGGCGUUGAAUUUAAACGGGAAUGUAAAGCUGGUAAAGCUGGUAUUGCAACAAUUCCGAUUCCUUUGCAGCACGCGUUUGGUUAAUAAGUCGGUAAAGAGAUAGAAUAUAGGACCAAAGAUCGGUUGUACAUAGCACCACGAUGGGGUAUCCGUUCCGACGAUGGGAAGACAGUGUGACUGACUGCUGGUGCAUAGUAGAUGCACAGCGCAUUGCAUACCAUCAUCGCACAUACACCAUGAAACGGCGCGCGGUACGCCGGUACACGCGCAAACAACACGCACCCAUUCGCGUAUCAACCACCGUUGCGCAAAGACCAAAGGCAGCGCCAGUGUGCCGUGGUGCCGCAGAGAAAAACCGGCCUGCUGUGAACGCGUGCACGUGCUUCUCGCAAGGAAAACGUCGAAUGCGCGAGCUAUGUUUGUGUGCGUGUAGUGGUGUAGUUUUCAAACUGUGGGGAAGCAAGUGUCCGUGCUACACGCAAUUGUUAUCCUUUUUUAUUAUGUUUUUUGUACAUCGAAGUAUGCAACGAUUCACGGGGUAGUGAGAAGGGAUGUGAGUGAAGCAAAGGGCGAACAA